AUGGCGUUGGUUUCCGAGUUCCUGGGCCAGCUCACGCUGAAUUUUGGCGGGGAGAGCGAGCCUAAAUUCCCCACGGUGGUGGCAGAAAGAGAUUUUGAUCCAGCUAAAGAUGCCGCCAGGAUAGAAACGGCUGUCAAAACCAAGGUGUUUAAGAAGGAGCUGGAGAAGGACGUGGCUGGAGACACAUCAGGAGACUUCAGGAGUCUGCUGUUGGCCCUGGUACAGGUAGGAGUGUACAUGUUUAAGAAGGAGCUGGAGAAGGACGUGGCUGGAGACACAUCAGGAGACUUCAGGAGUCUGCUGUUGGCCCUGGUACAGGUAGGAGACACAUCAGGAGACUUCAGGAGUCUGCUGUUGGCCCUGGUACAGGUAGGAGACACAUCAGGAGACUUCAGGAGUCUGCUGUUGGCCCUGGUACAGGUAGGAGACACAUCAGGAGACUUCAGGAGUCUGCUGUUGGCCCUGGUACAGGUAGGAGACACAUCAGGAGACUUCAGGAGUCUGCUGUUGGCCCUGGUACAGGUAGGAGACACAUCAGGAGACUUCAGGAGUCUGCUGUUGGCCCUGGUACAGGUAGGAGACACAUCAGGAGACUUCAGGAGUCUGCUGUUGGCCCUGGUACAGGUAGGAGACACAUCAGGAGACUUCAGGAGUCUGCUGUUGGCCCUGGUACAGGUAGGAGACACAUCAGGAGACUACAGGAGUCUGCUGUUGGCCCUGGUACAGGUAGGAGACACAUCAGGAGACUUCAGGAGUCUGCUGUUGGCCCUGGUACAGGUAGGAGACACAUCAGGAGACUUCAGGAGUCUGCUGUUGGCCCUGGUACAGGUAGGAGAUACAUCAGGAGACUACAGGAGUCUGCUGUUGGCCCUGGUACAGGUAGGAGACACAUCAGGAGACUUCAGGAGUCUGCUGUUGGCCCUGGUACAGGCAAAGAGAGAUGAGCCCUCAAAUAUUGUUGACUACGAGAAGAUCGACCAGGAUGCCAGAGCUCUGUAUGAGGCAGGAGUAGACAGAGUCUCUGAAAGGGGUACUGACAGCUGGUCUCAUGGAUCACCAUCAUGUCAGAGAGAAGUGUCCCCAGCUGUGUCUCAGAAAGCUGAGAGCAUCAGGAAGGAGGUGAAGGGAGACCUGGAGAAGUCCUUUCUGACACUGGUGGAGUGCUUUGAGAACAAACAACAGUACUUUGCUAACAGACUGGGCGAAGCCAUGAAGGGUAAAAGUGCCAAGGAGAAGGUGGUGACCAGGAUCGUCGUGUCUCGCUGUGAGGUGGACCUCAUGAAGAUCAGGACAGAGUUUAAGAAACUGAACCAGAAGUCCUUGUACCAGACCAUCGCUGAGCACACUAAAGGAGACUAUCAGAAGGUCCUGCUGAGUCUGUGUGGAGGAGACGACUAAAGUCCAACUGGCACCAACUGAAGUCCAACUGGCACCAACUGUCACCUUGUCCCAAAACCAAUGCCUUGUUCCUAUUUUGAUUCAGUCUAGUGACACAGACAUUGAGAACUGGUGCCUUUAUCCACAACACCCAGUAGCAUUAGAGUCAUCAUUACUCAGAUUGCAUCACCUUUCUGUGAAGUAUGAGAUAUCCAACGGAAGAAUUGAUAGUAAAUGUUUUUUUAUGCAACGUUUUUUAUGAAAUUAAAUAUUUUUUUUGUUAAA